AUGAGUAUAUUACAAGUAAUUACUAGUAAUACUAUAGCUACCAAUAUCCAAGUUUCAGCUUCUAUAGCUUUAGGAAAAUCACAGAUUAGAGUUGCUCAAAGCAUUUGGUUGUCCGAGUUUAGGAAAUUGUCCCAAGGUGGUGUGAAAGGUAUGAGAAAGGACCAAGAUAAUUUAGCACUUGAACUUGAAACAAAGCUGAAAAAUAGAGCCUUAAAUGAUACCAUAAAUGCACUUGAGCAAUUCUUCUCAGAUGGACAGGUACUUGAAAGGUUCAAACUAAAAGAUGAAGAAAUUUUCAAAACAGAUCUGAAAGUUUAUGCAUUUGAGCUUAACAAUUAUAUUGCGAAUGAUGAAGGUUGUCAUUUUACAGAUAAAGCUAUGAUUUAUGCAUUUUUGUCAGAGGGAAUCAUACCUUUAAAUUCUUCAGUAACGGGAGAGCCAGUACCAAAGUUUGCUUCUUAUCUUGGUAAGAACUUAGAGCCUUUACAAACGUUAAUUAAUGGAAUUUAUCAAGAAAUGCAAUAUCAAUGGUUACUUUAUUUGGCUUCCCGCUUGAAUUUAUGGAGAAUAUGCUUAGAGGUAAAAUCAGUAGAAUUAUCAAAAAAAGGUAUGAAAAAUAAGCCAUUACCUUCACCAAGAACACCAAGAGAGUUAAUGAAAAUACUGUUCAGCUGCAGAGCACCUAUGGCACCACAUCCGAUAAUGACUUUUUACAAGCGAAUAAACCACCUGGAAACUACACCAAGGUUUUACCAUAACUUUUUAAUGGAUAUGGUCAGUUUUUAUGAAAAAGUUAAAUUAUUUGACCCUGAUAACUAG